CACAAUGUCUCCAUGCCUGGUGGAAGAUCCUCAACUUACACAGCUCAGCUGAAUGCAUUGCAACCAUAUACCAAAUACCAGUUCAGGGUGCGCUGUUCGGCUGCUGACAGCUUUUGGAGGUGGAGUGACUGGAGCAGGAUAGAGGAGCACACAACUUCAGAAGCCCCUCCUACAAGAGGACCAGAUAUCUGGAGAGAGAGAAGUCCUUCUGGAAAAAGUGUGAAAAUCUUCUGGAAGCCUUUAUCCCUUUCUGAAGCCAAUGGAAAAAUAGUGUCUCAUGAAGUGUCCUGCUCCCUACUAGAGACACCACUGGAGCAUAAAGAAGUAACUGAACCCUCAAACAGUACUGAGAUAAAACUUGGAAAUAAUGACUGUGUAAUUAGCGUUGUAGCCAAAAACCAUGCAGGCUCGUCUCCUCCUUCGAGGAUAACGAGUGUGGAACUUCCAAGUGACAAUGUCAAAACAGAUCGGGCCAUGGCAAUGGGGAAUGGAAUUUAUAUUUCUUGGAAUUCUUACCCCAACAUGACCUGCGGCUACAUAGUAAAGUGGUGUCAUUCAUCUGGGUCUGAACCCUGUAGUGUGGACUGGCAGAAAUUUCCUUCAAAUACAACAGAUGCAGUGAUAAAGUCUGCUCUGUUCAGACCUGGUGUGAGAUACGACUUUUCACUAUAUGGCUGCAGACCCAGUGGUUAUCAGUUACUGAAAAACGUAACUGGGUAUAUGAAAGAGCUUCCUCCAAAGCGUGCACCGAAUUUUACUGUAGAAGAAACUUCUUCAGAUUCUAUAUUGGUAAAAUGGGAAGACAUUCCUAUUGAAGAUUGCCAGGGUUUUUUAGAGGGAUACCGACUUUCCUUUGCAAAAGGUGAAAAAGAUGCUUUAAAGCCUAGGCUUUUGGAAUCAGGGAAUCCAGAACUUAAAGUUAAGAAUAUCACUGACUUGACAAAGAAGUCUUUGAAAAUACUUGAUCUUCAAGGCAAAACAAGUUACCAACUGGACCUACAAGCCUACACUGCUGGUGGGUUGAGCCCUCCAAACAGUCUUUAUGUGGUGACGAAGGAGGACUCUGUAGGGUUAAUCAUUGCAAUUCUCAUCCCCGUUGCAGUGGUUGUGCUGCUUGGAGUGGUGGCCAGCAUCUUCUGCUACCGAAAGAGGGAAUGGAUUAAAGAAACAUUUUAUCCAGAGAUCCCGAAUCCUGAGAACAGUAAGGCACUGGAGUUUCAGAAGAACAUCUGUGAGGGGAGUAAGACACUUAAAACACUGGAAAUGAACCCGUGCACCCCCAAUCGUAUCGAAGUGGUGGAAGCACGGUCUGUGGUUCCCAAGAUUGAAGACACAGAGAUGAUAUCCCCAGCAGCAGACACCACUGUGCCUGAAGAUGGCUCUGACUCAGAAACGGAGAACCAUGUGGUUGUGUCCUACUGCCCCCCUAUCAUUGAAGAGGAGCUUUCAAACCCCCCUAUGGAUGAACCUCUGGCCUCAUCUCAGGUGGUCUACAUUGACAUCCAGUCAAUGUAUCAGCCUCAAAUUAAACCAGAGGAGGAGCCAGAAAUAGACUUAGUGACUACAGCAGGCUAUAAGCCACAAAUGCAGCUGCCUAUCAGUGCUCUGAAAAUGGAGAGUCCCUCGCCUGCAGAGGAAGAAUUGGGUAAAACUGCAGGUUACAGACCUCAAGCAAACACAAAUGCCUGGAACGUGGACACUCCAGACUCUCCUGGAUCAGUUGAAAGCAACAAUGAAAACGCAUCUUUUGGGAGCCCAUGUUCCAUUAAUUCCCGACAGUUUCUGCUUCCUCCAAAAGAUGAUGAAGAUUCUCCCAAACCCAGUAACAUAGGGUGGUCCUUUACACACUUUUUUCAGAACAAACCAAAUGAUUAACAGUCAGUCCUCAUGGCACCUGAACCUGCCUUCUAAAUAAGCUCUUGUUCCUGAUGUUGUUAAGAAAGGAAGUAGAAAAUUGCAAAAGGUGUGAAUUAUUCUUGGAGACAGUCAGCAGAGGUUCUAAUGAGCUGAAUGUUACCAUGUUUCGGUUAGCAAAAGUGUUAAUGUCCCAUUUUAAUAGAGGCCAAGAGGCCAAAGAUAUAGCAAUUUAGUUAUUACUCUAGUAAAAUAUAUUGGAUAUAGGGUGUACUGAGUUUAGAGCUCCUGAUAAUCAUAGUCAAAGAACUCUGCCUGCCUUCACAUAGUGCUCCAAGAUUAAUAUGGUCUCAUGCACCUUAUAACUUGGAAAGAUUGCUUUGCUUUGUUGUAGUUGUUCUCAACUGUGCAUACUCAAAUGAUGCAGCCCCAACGUGUUUCGUUACUGAAGGUUUCAUCUGUCACAAGCCUCCGCCUAACACAUGGAAACAAUGUUUUUGGAAAAUCUUGAGAUCUUUUACCUAGUUAUAAACUAAGAACAAGUGAGAGUGCUUUUUUUUUUCCUUCUCCCAGUGGAAGGGUAUUAUCACUGUUUAACACUUUUGAAGCAAUGGCCGUUCAAAUCUGUUGCUUUUUAACUAGACACUAGUUUCUGUACCUACUGUACAGUGUUUAUUCAGUGUUUGACUCAGGGGUACAAACUUGGGGAAAAAAUGUGUAACACUGACUUAAACCUCAACAAGAACUGCAUAAAGUUAAAAA